AACACAAUGCAUUAGUUCUUCAAAAACCACACAAAAGUCAAGAUGAAAUCCGUUCAAUAUGUUGUAGCCGGUAUUUUAAUAGUGGUAUUGAGUCAGGUUCUAAUGAGUGCAGCACAAGGUCAAGGUAGUCAUGGUGGCAGUGACGGACAACCAGGUGCUCCAGGCGGUAAUGGUGGUAGUGCCGGUCAACCGGGUGCUCCAGGCGGUAAUGGUGGUAAUGCCGGACAACCGGGUGCUCCAGGCGGUAGUGGUUAUGCAGGAGCUAACGGUAGUAGUGGUGGUUAUCAACACUCAUCUGCCUCAUCUACUUACGCUUCGGCUUGGAGUACUAUUUAUGUUGUUUCCGGUGUUCUAAUAGUAUCGACUAACGUUCCAAUGAAUAAAGCACAAGGUCAAGGUGGUAAUGGUAGCACUGCCGGUUCGUGGUCCAGCGCUAGCAGCCAAUCUGGACAACCUGGAGCUCCAGGCAACAGUCAAUUUAGUUACGGUUAUAGUGGUAUAGACGCUAAUGGUAUGCCCUAUGGCGGAGCUAGUGGUAAUGGUAGCUAUUAUGUGAAUGUAACCGAUGAGCACGGUCGCCAGUAUUCGUACAGUGGUGUUGGUGGCCAAGGAGGUUUUGGACAACAGUCUAGCCAGUCAGGACAACCAGGUUCUAUGGGUACACAUAGUUAUGCUAGCACCAAUACAAAUCGUGGAGAUAAUCAGAAUUCUUCUUCCUCAUCUUCCUACGCUUCAUCUUGGAGUUUUUAAUUAUUAUAUUUUAAGCAUUUGAAUUUCGCAAUGAAGUGUAAAUUUUAAGUCAUUAUAUUACUCAUUUUGUUUUAAAUAA